AUGGGUAUUGAAGACAUCAGCACCAUGAAAAAUGGGUUUUUAGUGGUGCCGUUCAAACUACCUGAUCACAAAGCACUACCCAAAAGCAAAGAUGCUUCGUUGCACUACAUGUUCGCUAAAAAGCACCAGAGUUCCAAUGCCAACGAAUCUAAUUGUUUAUUUUUGGUCAAUCUCCCAUUGCUUUCUAACAUAGAGCAUAUGAAAAAAUUUGUUGGACAGCUUUGUGGGAAAUACGAUACAGUAUCACAUGUGGAGGAAUUAUUAUACAACGAUGAGUUUGGAUUAAACGAAAUAGAUUUAUCAGCAUUGACCUCAGACCUAAUGUCGUCCGCAGACGUUAACGAAAAAAGAUACACGCCAAGAAACACAGCUCUUUUGAAAUUUGUGGAUGCCGCAAGCAUAGAUAAUUGCUGGAAUGCCUUAAGGAAAUACUCUAAUUUGCAUGCUAAACAUUCAGACGAACUGUUUGAAUGGACAUAUACCAGCCCAUCUUUCACAACUUUUAUCAACUUCUACAAACCAUUAGACAUUGACUACUUGAAGGAGGAUAUUCAUACGCACAUGGCGAUCUUUGAACAGCGUGAAGCUCAAGCACAAGAGGACAUCCAAAGCUCUAUAAUAGAUGAGGACGGAUUCACACUAGUUGUUGGAAAGAACACUAAAUCAUUGAACUCUAUAAGAAAGAAAAUUCUGAACAAAAAUCCAUUAUCCAAACAUGAAAAUAAGACAAAACCAAUUUCUAAUAUCGAUAAAAAGGCCAAAAAGGACUUCUAUAGAUUCCAAGUAAGAGAGCGUAAAAAGCAAGAGAUCAAUCAGCUGUUAAGCAAGUUCAAGGAAGAUCAGGAAAGAAUCAAGGUAAUGAAAGCCAAGAGGAAAUUCAAUCCAUACACCUAA